AUGAACAAUUUAUUAGAAUCCAAUUUUGAAUAUUUACCAGAUGAAAUGAUUCUGGAAAUCUAUCGAUAUCUUCAUUGUGGUCAUGUAUUAUAUUCAUUUUAUAAUCUAAAUUCACGUUUCAAUUCUACAAUAACUAACUAUUGUCAUCAUGUUAUUCUUCGGCGAUUAAAUUAUAAUCAAUUUCUUCAUAUUUAUUCGAAUGUUUUACCAAAUAUUGGAUCGUCCAUUAUUUCAUUAACAAUAAAUCGAUUACAACAAACAUACUUUUUUAUUAAUUUUAGUUUUCGAAUGAAUAAAAUAUUUCCUAAUUUAAAAAAAUUAGCAUUAGAUGAUUGGAAAAGCGAAAUAUUAUUUUCAUUUAUCGAAAAUCAUUUAAGCCAACUAAAAUAUCUUCGUACUAUUAUUAUUCGUGGUCUACAAUCAACAAUUUGUAAAAAUUCAAUUGCAGAUACAAAUGAUGAUUACAAACAUCUAUUAGAAAUAACUCAUAGAAACACUCAAAUUGAAUCUAUUUAUUUUGAACCUGAUUGUUAUUCAAUGAUAUUAUCAAUUAAUCAGAAAGAUCUUCUAACCCAUUCGAAUCUCAUAGAAAUGAGUAUUUCACUUACGACAUCGAAUGAUUUAAUUUCUUUGGCUAUGCUCGUUCCAAAUAUACGUCGACUUCAUGUCAUUAUUGAAGAAUUUUCACCAAUCAAUAAAACGAUAAUACCAUUUCGAUGUCUUACAGAUUUUUCUCUGGAUGCGAUAGAUUUUUAUUCAAAACUCGAUGACAUUUCAUCAAUACUUCAACUGACACCAACCAUACAAAAUCUUUCAUUGGCUCUUGCUACUCUAGAUGAAUGUCUUAUUUAUGGUCAGCAUUUAUUUAGACUUUUAUCUUCUCAAUUAUUUAUUAGCAAUAAUCUCAUACAAAAAUUAAAAUAUGCUGUAUAUUUUUCUGCCUCUGCUGGUUAUUGCCUUGAUUCAGAGAAUCUUUUAACAUCAUGGAAUCCAAUACCUAUUGGUUAUACAAUUAAUGAAACUGAAAAUAGAUCUUUUAUACUUCUUCAUACAUUACCAUAUCCGUCUAUUCUUCUUAAUUUACAUUCAACGCUAGCUAAUACAUUUGGUAUUAAUAUGAGUGAUCACGUUUACAAUAAUAUUCAGUAUUUAUGCAUAUCAAAUGCAAAAACUUUACUGGAAACAUUUACUAUAAUACGGCAUUGUCGAAAAAUACAAGAUCUUAAUAUUCAAAUAGAAAAUCAUAGAACAGUUUUACCAGUUCCGACCAAUAAGCAAGUAAAUAUCAAUCUUCCAAAGUUAAAACACCUUGAGAUUUUAUCGAUACUUGGAACAGUAGAUAAUUGGCAACAUUUCGAAGCAUUACUUAUCUCAGCACAUACUAUCAGUACAUUGCGUAUUGAUCUUAAUUGUGCAAUUAAAUUAUUUGAAUCUACAGAUGAAGAUUUAAUAUUCUCACGUGUUCUUCAUUUAUUUAUUGAUGGACACAGCAGUGAUCUUAAACUUAAAAAUGCUCAUAUUAAUAGUUUAUCAAAAGUUUUCAGUGGUAUACAUUCAUUAAAAAUCAAACACACAACAGAUCACUUAAUUGAACCGAAUAUUGUAGGUUCACUUUUAGAUAAUUGUAAACAAUUAAUUGUAUUUACAAUAAAUGGACGAAUACCAGAUGGUUUAUCAUUAGAAAAUAUUCAGGAAUGGCUCAUUGAGUAUUCAUCUCGAUUAAAAAAUUCCGAAAAAAAUUAUCAAGUAGACUUCUGUGAUAAUUGGUUGCAAAUUUGGCUGUGA